CACCAAAUGGCCGUCAGCCGGGUGAUGGAUAGGCGGAGCCACACGCGCCAUCCGGAGCUCGAUGGAGCCAGAUGGACGUGCCGUAACUGUCUGUACACCCGGAAGUGCGACUACACUCUCCUCGUGAGGGCGGCCGGAAACAGGACCCCGGCCAGGUCAUGUCUCUGCCGACGGGUCCUGGCGAAUGGUAGUCGGGCGAAGAGAAGACAACUCUGGAAGAUCACCCCAAUCCAAGGCGGAACAGCCAGCGUCGAGGGAUGUGUGGCCGAGGGGGAACUCGGUCUCAAGCAGGCGAACUCUGCGCACCUGUCCAACCGCAGUUUCAAUCCGGACUUCCUGCGGCACCUCGGGCUCUGCCGUGGGCGACCUCCGUUCCCGUGCACUCGUGGGAACCAAAUGAAUAGUCUAGAAACAAAUGAGUCUGAUGCUGCUCCAGAAGCAUCACCCAACCGGAAUCCUUCGGUGGAUUCGGGUCCUGGCUUUGUCAGGCUGAAAACCAAGCAAAAGAAGCUGCUCCGAAAGGCUCUGCAGAAGGGGCUGACCAGAGAAAAGGCUCUGGCGGUGGUGCAAGCUCUGCCCACAGUUAAGGGCCUUCUACCCGCUCCCUAUGGAAUCCAAAGCAGCAAUCCGUAUCCCUACUCGGUUUUAGUGCAGUGCGUGAGAAUCGGCUUGGCUGCGGAGUCUGCUGGGACUUCGCUGACCAGCGAGCAAAUGGCCAGGAUCAAGGAGGCCAUCAUUGACGUCACCGUGGAGCAAUCUGGCAGCCAGAAGCCGCAGUUCGAAGGAUGUGUGGCUCGCAGAGGAUGGCUCCUUGUGACUUGUUCCAACUCCUCCACCUCCGAAUGGUUCAAACGAAACUUUUACCACAUCCAGUCGAAAGUGACCACUAAACUAAAGUUAAUGGACGAAUCUGAACUGCCCAGGAAGAAUGUGGUCCUCGGCUACUUUCCAGAUAGUCUAGCCACAAGCAGCCAGAAGGUCCUGGAAAUCAUUCAGGCGCAGAACCCAGUCUCAACGGCUGAGUGGAGGGUUAUGACGAGGUUGAACCAGGGUGAGCUUCUGCAUCUGGCUAUGGCCGUUGACAAUGAAUCGCACAAGAAACUGAUCGAACUAAAGGGAACUAUAUCCUUCCGAUUCGGACGUGUCAAACUUUGUAUGAAAACCCCCCUCGAUAGGAAAUCAGUGCUAAAUGGUAAAGAGGAUGCUUUCCUGGAGAAAGCUGCUGAAACUCGGGAAGUGGUGCCAGUACCUCAGGCACCUGUGAUCAGAAAUAGUAAUCCACGUAACCAAUGUAAUAAUCCUUGGCGCAGCCAUAAUAAUCCCAGGAUGCAAUGGAAUCAACAGCAGAUGCUCAGGUAUGAUCCUUACAAUCCCAGGGAACUUCCGUCGCACCUUUUGCAAGCCAGCUACUCAGGUCCUGGCUAUUGGAGUGGAGGAGACGGGGGGCUAAGACCUCGAACUUGGCCAGGAAACCACUGAAACCAACCGCCCAGGAAGAUAUUUAAUCGACAAAACAUCUAUCUUAAGGAAGUACAGCGACUUGUCCUCCAUUUUUAGCAACUCAACUUGAGGUAUUUAGAGUUUUUGACAAGUAGACAUUUAUACAGGACACCUCCAACUUCAUAGACAAUGACUUUGCUUACAGCAUUCGAAACAAUAUGAUACAGUAACACUGGUUACACAUAUAAAACCCGGCUUAAGGAUCUAUUCAC